CCCAAAGCCCCCCCCCGCCGUCACCAGCCGUCUCUCCGCAGGCCCGGGCGGCCCCCGGCGGCGUGGCCGUGCCAUGCGGUGCUGAUGGAGCCCAACGCCUUCCCGCAGCUGCAGCUGUGGUGCCCGCGGCCCUUCGGCACCUUCUCCCAGAACAAGCCAUGUGCCCCUGCCGGUGCCACCCCCGCUGCCCCCCGCAAACCCCUGGGAUGCCGCCCCUCCGAGAACAUCCCCCCGGAGCCCCCCGAGCCCAGCCCGGCGCCUGCGGCCGCGGCCGARGACGGGCGAGUGCUGCUGGACACGUGGUACGUCAUCAAACCGGGCAACACCAAGGAGAAGGUGGCAUUUUUUGUGGCCCACCAGUGUGGCACCGGUGGCGCCGGCGGCACCGGCGGCCGCGCCAGCACCAUGAAAGUCAAGGGCAACUGGGGCAGCGAUAGCUCCAAGGCCAAGCGGCGCCGGCGCUGCCACGAGCCCAAAGCCGCGCCGAGCCCGCCCUGGGCCGGGAGCAGCACCGGGGACACCCCCAAGGACCCUCCUAAGGACAUCCCCAAGGACACYCCCGGUGACACCGCCGGGGACAGCGCCGGGGACACCCCGGACCUGCUGUCGGUGGCGGAGAUGGUGGCGCUGGUGGAGCGGCGGACGGCGCUGGCCCUGCAGAGUUUACCCCGGCCCUGYGACGCCCCGGCCCCGCUGGUGCUGCUGGAAGCGCCGGGUGGCCCCGAGUGCCGGCGCGUGGCCGCGGCCGUGGCGCAGUUCGAGUCGCAGCAGCAGCACCGGGAACGCGGUGGUGUCCGUCCCAACGGGCUGUGCCGGGGUGGCCCCGCCACCGAGUGCGCCCCGGGCACGGCGACGACGGCGACCACGGCGACACCCGGCGAGGUGCGGAUCGCCUUCCGCAUC